AUGUAUCCAGGUCAAUAUAAUCCGGGAAAUCCAAUGGGUGGAGCAAUUCCUGGUGGUCGUCCAGGAGGUUCAUAUGGAUUCCAACCAACUCAAGGUUAUCCAAUGCCGCAACAAGGCUAUCCAGGCUCGCAAGUUCCAUCUCCAUACAGCUCAGGACCAUAUCCAGCUCCAUAUGGCCAGCCAGCUCCUCAACCAGGAUAUGGAGGCUAUCCAUCACCAUAUCAAGGCCCUGGCGCUGCUCCAUAUAAUUCUGGACCUUAUCCAACAACACAACCACCACAGCCUUUCGGAAGUUCUCCUGUUGUUCCACCACGUUCUGGAAGUGCACCAACAUUUGGUUAUCCAACAGUUGAAAAAAUCCAAUUUACAAUUCCAAAGAAAAACCUUCAAACCUACGCAAAUCUUUAUUCAAUCAUUGCAGCAGCAGAAGCUCUCGGCCAACAGAAAAUGGAUGGAUCAAUUACUGAUUCUGAUUAUGCUGAGCAAAUGAAGAUCUUAAAGAACAACUACGACUUCUCAACUAAAGCUUUGAAGAUGAACAAGGACCAGGUUGAAGCUUUUUGCGAAACAGUUAACCUUGGCUGUUCAUUUGCUUUAGUUGGCCUUUAUGAAGACUUUGACACUACUCAGUCAUCAAGAGGCGGUGUUACACACAGAGAAAACAUGGAACUUGGCUCUUGCAAGGUCGAAAUUCAAGAUCAUUUCGUUGUUAAGUCAAAUGUUCAAGUUUACUUGCCAAUCUGGGACAAGAUUACACGUAUUUAUAAGAAGACAUCAUUCCUUCAGUUAAAUAGCGAUAUGCGCCAAAGAUUUGAAACAUGUGAUCAAAUUUUGAGAACUGCCAAUCCUCAGAUGCCUCUUCCUGACGACAAAGUGUUCGAAUUCAAGUCUAACUACUUAAUUUUCGAUGAAGCGUUUGUCAAUUCACUUGAUAUUUAA